CAAAAAUCUGACAAGGAGAUCUGGGUUUUGGGAAGUCAGUUGUUCUAGAGUAGUAACUAAAAAGGAUUGCCUCCGUUCUGUUUCUCCAUUUCAGCUUGAGUCGGUUACGAGGAAAUCUUGCCAUUUGUAACCAAAUCCACUGCAAACUAAGUGGGAUCUUUCUGCCAAUUUCAGGUUGACAAGAAACCUCCAAUACUAUAAUCGGAUACCACAUAAACAUUGCAAGCUGCCUAACUAAAGGGGAUGGAUAAAAGUUGGAUUGAUAUUGACCGAACAGACAAUAGAUAUGAUGAAGGAAUCACUUGUUUUCUUGAAUUUACUUUUCGUGGUCAGCCUCAAGGGAAAAAAACUCCGUUGUCCAUGUAACUAUUGUGACAACAGAAAAUUUCUAAUUAAGAAAGAGAUGUAUGACGACCUAAUUGUCUUUGGCUUUAAUCCAACAUAUAAGCGAUGGUAUCAUCAUGGGGAGUCAUUUUUUGAAUCUAAUGAAGAGGGUGGAAAUUGUAUGCAUAAAUUGGAUGCAAUGCAAGAAAUGUUACAUGAUCUUGGGUGUGGUUAUAAAAUCAAUGAAGGACCAGAAGAAUGUGUUGGAUCUAGUGCAAGUAAUCCAAAUAAGGAAGCUGCAGAUUUCUAUAGGCUUUUAGGAGAGGCAGAACAGGAGCUAUAUCCUAAUUGUCCAAACUUUUCCAGACUAUCUUUCAUAGCAGAACUUAUGAAUGUUAAGUGCCUUUAUGGUUUGAGUUGCAAAGCAAUGGAUGCAAUACUGGAUUUGAUUGCAAAAGUCCUACCAAAAGGUAAUAAGGUCCCUCCUUCAUACUAUGAAGCAAAAAAAAUAUUUGAAAAGUUGGGAUUAAAAUAUGAGAAGAUUGAUGCUUGCCUGAAUGAUUGCAUUCUAUACCGUGGGAUUUAUAAGGAUUUGGACUCUUGUCUAGUAUGUGGUGCUUGUAGGUGGAAAAAUAGUGAGAAACAAGUUACAGGAAAACAAAUAGCAUGUAAAAUUUUGCGUUACUUUCCUCUUAAAGAUAGAGUCAAGAGGCUGUACAUGUCACCGAAGAUUGCUUCAGAGAUGAAAUGGCACAAAGAAAAAUGUCCUAGUGAUGAGUACAUGAGGCAUCCAGCAGAUUCACAUGCUUGGAAAAAUUUUGACUCCCAGCACCCAUCCUUUGCUACAGAUCCACGGAACAUUCGACUCGGAUUGGCUAGUGACGGUUUUAAUCCUUUUGGGAACAUGAGUACAUCUUACAGUGUGUGGCCGAUUGUUUUAGUGAAUUACAACUUACCACCUUGGAUGUGUAUGAAGGAUCCUUAUUUCAUGUUGUCUAUGCUUAUCCCUGGUCCAAAAGCACCAGGCAAUGACAUAGAUGUGUAUCUCCAACCAUUGAUAGAUGAAUUAAAGGACUUAUGGGAAAAUGGAGUGGAAACUUAUGAUGCAGCUUCGAAAUCUAACUUUAAGUUGAGAGUUGCUUUGAUAUGGACGAUCGGCGAUUAUCCAGGUUUAGCAGUGUUGUCAGGACAAAGUACCAAAGGUAAAUAUGCAUGUCUCAUUUGCAAUGAUGAUACCUGUUCACUAUGGCUUCCAAAUGGACACAAACAUUGUUAUAUGGGUCAUCGUCGUUUUCUUUCUUCCAACCAUCCUUGGCGUAAUGAUGCUAAGGCUUUUGAUGGAAAGCAAGAACAUCAUGCUGCACCUAAGGAAUUGACAGGAGAAGAUAUUGUUGAAAAAUACAAACUCUUUGAUCAGGUAACAUUUGGCAAGUCUAAAAAAAGAAAAAGAGGAGAUGGAGAAUUACCUGGUUGUUGGAGGAAGAAAAGUAUAUUUUUUAAAUUAUCAUAUUGGAAAACCCUUAUGAUACGACAUAACCUGGAUGUGAUGCAUAUUGCUAGGAAUGUAUUUGUUAGUGUGUUUGGAACUUUGAUGGAUGUUAAAGGAAAGACGAAAGAUACUAUCGAUACCCGUUUUGAUUUAGAGUUAAUGGGUAUUCGAUCUGAACUCCAUGCAGAAUGGGUAAAUGGUAACACGUUCCGUUAUAAAACUGCAUGCCACACAUUAUCAACAAAGGAAAAAAAGGUUUUGUGUAGUUUCAUAAGUGCCAUAAAGGUUCCUGAUGGUUAUUCUUCUAAUAUUUCUCGGUAUGUUAAUGAGAAUGGAUGCAAUUUAGCUGCGAUGAAAUGUCAUGAUUGUCAUAUUUUUUUGCAACGCUUCCUUCCAUUAGCAAUACGUGGGGUGUUAAAGACAGAAGUUUGUGAGCCAUUAAUAGAGUUGAGUGCUUUUUUUAGGAAGUUGUGUGCUAAGAAGUUACGUGCUGAAGACAUGGAAGUGCUCAAUGAGUCGAUAGUCUUAACUCUUUGCAAGUUAGAGAAAGUUUUUCCUCCUUCAUUUUUUGAUGUAAUGGUUCAUUUAACCAUACAUUUGGCUAGACAAGCCAUAGUUGCCGGUCCAGUAACUUUUAGGUGGAUGUACUUUGUUGAGAGAUUCCUACGUAGAUUGAAAUCAUAUGUUAAGAAUAAAGCUAAUCCUGAAGGAUCAAUUGCUGAGCUUUAUAUUGCACAAGAAGCAGUAACAUUUUGCUCAUUAUAUCUGCAAGAUGUUGAAACAAAAUUGAAUCGUGUUGGGAGAAAUUAUGAGGGGAAUGAUGAAUCAGUUACUUAUAAGUUUAAUAUAUUUAAACGUGUUGGUCGAUCGUUACGAGGGAAUAAAUACGAAAGGUUAAGCUUGAUAGAAUGGCAGCAAGCUCGAAGUUAUGUGCUUCGCAAUUGUGAAGAUAUCUCUCAUUUGAUGGAGUUGCACAAACAAGAAUUUGAGGUCCAGAGAAAGAAUAAUGUGGGAUAUCAACAUGAUGCUGAAUUUGAGCAAUGGUUCAAAAGAUAUGUGUUUCAUCUGAAAUAUGAACGAAGUGAGAUAUAUAAUGAGGAACUUGAAAUUUUAGCUUGUGGACCUGACCAAAGGGUAACUAAACAUGCUAGUUAUCUUGUUAAUGGUUGGAAAUUUUGUACAAAAGAUCAUGAUAUGAAAUUGAAAACGCAAAACAGUGGAGUAUUUGUCAAAGGAGAUGAAGGCACCGGGAACAUUGAUUAUUUUGGAGUAUUAACUGAUAUCAUAGAGUUAGAUUAUCAAGGGCAUACAGUUGUUCUUUUCAAGUGUGAUUGGUGGGAUGUUUCUAGUAGAGGUUGUAAGGAAGAUAAAUAUGGGUUCACGCUAGUAAAUGUCACUCGUAAACUGAAGAGUAGUGCUAAUGAACCUUUUGUAUUAGCUACUCAAGCUGAACAAGUGUAUUAUGUUCCAGAUACAAAAGAUCCAAAUUGGCAGGUUGUAAUCAAGACAAAACCCCGUGAUUUGUAUGAUUUUCCCCCUGAUGAAGAUGCAUUUGGACCAUGUCAAGAAGAUGAGGACAUUGGAGUGAUACAAGAAGAGAAUUUGUUUGAAAGUGAGGAUGGAAUUUUAAGUCGAGAAGAAUUAGUAGAAGUUACUGUUGAACAAGGGCCAAUAAAUUCAGAAAUGGUAAUUGCAGAUGAAGAUGAGGAGGAUGAGAUUGAUUAUGAUGAUGACCUUCUUUCUAGUGAUGAUGAAAUGUUGGUGCUCGAUGAAGAUACAGAUGAUGAUUUGUAAUCAUGUAUUUUAUUCUUUUUGGUCUAGUGUUGGUGUGUUAUGAUUUUUGGUAAUUAGUAGUUACAAUGGAAUGAGUUGUUUUAUUAUAAUAUUUAGGUAAUAUUAGUGUUAUUCUUAUCGCAUGAUAUUAACAUUA